AAAAUGACGAGGAUUUUGACAGCAUGCAAAGUGGUGAAGACACUGAAGAGUGGCUUUGGUUUGGCCAAUGUGACUUCGAAGCGACAGUGGGACUUCUCCAGACCUGGCAUCAGGCUCCUUUCUGUGAAGGCACAGACAGCACACAUUGUCCUGGAAGAUGGAACUAAGAUGAAGGGCUACUCCUUUGGCCACCCCUCCUCGGUUGCUGGCGAAGUGGUUUUUAAUACUGGCUUAGGAGGGUACUCGGAAGCACUUACUGAUCCUGCCUACAAGGGGCAGAUCCUCACCAUGGCCAACCCUAUCAUUGGGAAUGGUGGGGCCCCUGAUACCACGGCACGUGAUGAACUGGGACUGAAUAAGUACAUGGAGUCUGAUGGAAUCAAGGUGGCGGGUCUGCUCGUGCUGAAUUACAGUCAUGACUACAACCACUGGCUGGCCACCAAGAGUCUGGGUCAAUGGCUGCAGGAGGAGAAGGUCCCUGCAAUUUAUGGAGUGGAUACAAGAAUGCUGACUAAAAUAAUUCGGGAUAAGGGUACCAUGCUUGGGAAGAUUGAGUUUGAGGGCCAGUCUGUGGACUUUGUGGAUCCCAAUAAGCAGAAUUUGAUUGCCGAGGUUUCAACCAAGGAUGUCAAGGUGUUUGGCAAAGGAAACCCCACGAAAGUGGUAGCCGUGGACUGUGGGAUAAAAAACAAUGUCAUCCGCCUGCUAGUUAAGCGAGGAGCAGAAGUGCAUUUGGUCCCCUGGAAUCAUGACUUCACCCAGAUGGAGUAUGAUGGACUUCUGAUCGCUGGAGGACCUGGGAACCCAGCUCUGGCACAGCCACUAAUUCAGAACGUGAAGAAGAUUUUGGAGAGUGACCGCAAAGAGCCGUUGUUUGGAAUCAGUACAGGAAACAUAAUAACAGGAUUGGCUGCUGGCGCCAAAUCCUACAAGAUGUCCAUGGCCAACAGAGGACAGAACCAACCUGUUUUGAAUAUCACAAACAGACAGGCUUUCAUAACUGCUCAGAAUCAUGGCUAUGCUCUGGACAACACCCUCCCUGCUGGCUGGAAACCACUGUUUGUCAAUGUCAAUGACCAAACAAACGAGGGGAUUAUGCAUGAGAGCAAACCCUUCUUCGCUGUGCAGUUCCACCCAGAGGUCAGCCCGGGGCCAACAGACACUGAGUACCUAUUUGAUUCCUUCUUCUCACUGAUAAAGAAGGGCAAAGGCACCACCAUUACCUCAGUUCUGCCCAAGCCAGCGUUGGUGGCAUCUCGAGUUGAGGUUUCCAAGGUCCUUAUCCUAGGAUCAGGAGGCCUGUCCAUUGGUCAGGCAGGUGAAUUUGAUUACUCCGGAUCUCAGGCUGUAAAAGCCAUGAAGGAAGAAAACGUCAAAACAGUCCUGAUGAACCCGAACAUUGCAUCCGUGCAGACCAACGAGGUGGGAUUGAAGCAGGCAGAUGCAGUCUACUUUCUCCCUAUCACCCCCCAGUUUGUCACAGAAGUUAUCAAGGCUGAACGGCCUGAUGGGUUAAUUCUGGGCAUGGGUGGCCAGACAGCUCUGAACUGUGGAGUGGAACUAUUCAAGAGGGGUGUGCUCAAGGAAUAUGGUGUGAAGGUCUUGGGAACAUCGGUCGAGUCCAUUAUGGCCACAGAAGACAGGCAGCUUUUCUCAGACAAGCUGAAUGAGAUCAACGAGAAGAUUGCUCCUAGCUUUGCAGUGGAAUCAAUGGAGGAUGCCUUGAAGGCAGCAGACACCAUUGGCUACCCUGUGAUGAUUCGGUCUGCGUAUGCUCUGGGUGGGUUAGGCUCCGGUAUCUGUCCCAACAAGGAGACCUUAAUGGAUCUUGGCACAAAGGCAUUUGCUAUGACCAACCAGAUCCUGGUGGAGCGGUCAGUGACAGGCUGGAAAGAAAUAGAAUAUGAAGUUGUCCGAGAUGCGGAUGAUAACUGUGUCACAGUCUGUAACAUGGAAAAUGUUGACGCCAUGGGUGUUCACACAGGUGACUCAGUUGUUGUGGCCCCGGCCCAGACCCUCUCCAAUGCAGAGUUCCAGAUGUUGAGACGCACUUCAAUCAAUGUUGUUCGCCACUUGGGCAUUGUGGGUGAAUGCAACAUUCAGUUUGCUCUUCACCCCACUUCCAUGGAAUACUGUAUCAUUGAAGUGAAUGCCAGGCUCUCCCGGAGUUCUGCCCUGGCCUCCAAGGCCACUGGCUACCCACUGGCGUUCAUCGCAGCAAAGAUCGCUCUAGGAAUCCCACUUCCAGAAAUCAAGAAUGUUGUGUCUGGGAAGACCUCAGCCUGCUUCGAACCUAGCCUGGAUUACAUGGUGACCAAGAUUCCUCGCUGGGACCUUGACCGUUUUCAUGGAACAUCCAGCCGAAUUGGUAGCUCAAUGAAAAGUGUAGGCGAGGUCAUGGCCAUUGGUCGCACCUUUGAGGAAAGUUUCCAGAAGGCUCUGAGGAUGUGCCAUCCAUCUGUGGAUGGGUUCACUCCCCGUCUCCCAAUGAAUAAGGAAUGGCCAGCAAACCUGGAUCUGAGGAAGGAGCUGUCUGAACCCUCCAGCACCCGCAUCUACGCCAUUGCUAAGGCCUUGGAAAACAACAUGUCCCUUGACGAAAUCAUGAAGCUCACAUCCAUUGACAAGUGGUUUUUGUAUAAGAUGCGUGACAUUUUAAACAUGGAUAAGACACUGAAAGGGCUUAACAGCGAGUCUGUUACAGAAGAAACUCUGAGACAGGCCAAAGAGAUUGGGUUCUCAGACAAGCAGAUUUCAAAAUGUUUAGGACUGACCGAGGCUCAGACAAGAGAGCUGAGAUUGAAGAAAAACAUCCACCCUUGGGUUAAACAGAUUGAUACAUUGGCUGCAGAAUACCCAUCAGUGACAAAUUACCUGUAUGUUACCUACAAUGGCCAGGAGCAUGACAUCAAAUUUGAUGAACAUGGAAUAAUGGUGCUGGGCUGUGGCCCAUACCACAUUGGCAGCAGUGUGGAAUUUGAUUGGUGUGCUGUCUCCAGUAUCCGCACACUGCGCCAGCUUGGCAAGAAGACGGUGGUGGUGAAUUGUAACCCAGAGACUGUGAGCACUGACUUUGAUGAGUGUGACAAACUCUACUUUGAAGAGCUGUCUUUGGAGAGAAUCCUAGAUAUCUACCACCAGGAGGCAUGUAAUGGCUGCAUCAUAUCAGUCGGGGGCCAGAUUCCAAACAACUUGGCGGUUCCGCUAUACAAGAACGGUGUCAAGAUCAUGGGUACCAGCCCUCUGCAGAUCGAUAGGGCUGAGGAUCGCUCCAUCUUCUCGGCUGUCUUAGAUGAGCUGAAGGUGGCCCAGGCUCCUUGGAAAGCUGUUAACACUUUGAAUGAAGCGCUGGAAUUUGCAAACUCUGUGGGCUAUCCCUGCUUACUGAGACCUUCCUAUGUUUUGAGUGGGUCUGCCAUGAACGGAAGGUUCUCUGAGGAUGAGAUGAAAAAGGUUCCUUAG